GAUUUGAAUGAAUUCACAAAAAGUAUAGUUGAAGCAAAGUCUAAGCCUAUCAAUUUCUCUGAUGAUAUAGCUCAAAGACUCAUCCCUUUUUUCCUCAACUCCAUCAACAAAAAUGGUAAAAGUUCUUUUGUGUGGCUAGGCCCAUAUCCAACAGUGUUGAUCACAGAUCCUGAACAUGUAAAAGAGAUUUUCACAAAGAAUUAUGUGUAUGUAAAGCAGCGUCAUGCCAAUCCAAUGAACAAGUUAUUGGCUGAUGGUCUAUCAACCAUUGAUGGAGACAAAUGGGCCAAACACAAGAAAAAUCAUCAAUCCUGUGUUCCACGUUGAGAAGUUAAAGCAUAUGCUGCCAGCAUUUUAUGUGAGUUGUAGUGAAAUGCUACGCAAAUGGGAAGAAAUUGUUCCAAAGGGAACAUCAUUAGAACUCGAUGUAUGGCCAGACCUUCAAAUAAUGGCUAGUGAAGUCAUAUCUCGUACAGCAUUUGGGAGUAGCUAUGAAGAAGGAAGAACAGUAUUUGAACUUCAGAAAGAACAAGCUGAGUAUGUAAUCGAAAAAGGACGAUCAAUUUAUAUACCAGGAUCAAGGUUCUUGCCUACUAAAAGGAACAAAAGAAUGCUGGAAAUCGAAAAGCAAGUCCAAACAACGAUUAGGCAUAUCAUCGACAAAAGAUUGAGGGCAAUGGAAGCAGGGGAGACAAGUAAAGAUGACUUAUUAGGCAUAUUACUUGAAUCCAAUAUGAAAUAAA